AUGCUGUCCUCUGUCUUUGCCGCCUUUAGAUCUCCAGCCUCCGAAGGGGUACAACAGCGGCCCCCGCGGUAUGCCGGCGAGGAUACAACAGCCACGAGCCGACGGGAGAUCCUUGGGUGGUACUCGUAUGGAAUUGCGGCUGAGGUGUUCGCCGUGUGUGGCGUAGGAUCAUUCCUACCCCUCACCCUCGAACAGCUAGCCCGCGAACGCGGUGUCCUACAGACGAGUCGCGAAUCCUGUGCUGGAGCAUCGUCUGGGAAUAGCACGCAGGAUGCCGCGGGCGGCCAGUGUGUAGUGCCCAUUUUGGGCCUUGAAAUCAAUACGGCCAGUUUUGCCAUGUAUACGUUCUCUUUGGCGGUGCUCAUCCAGGCAUUGACCUUGAUAUCGUUCAGUGCUCUGGCGGAUUAUGAAAAUAACCGCAAGACAUUGUUGAUGGUUUUCGGAUUCGCCGGAUCGAUCGCCAGCAUGCUAUUUGUGUUCAUCGCGCCGCCCGUAUAUAUUCUCGGUGCGAUACUGGUCGUCGUCGGCGUGACCUGUCUCGGCUCCUCGUUUGUCGUGCUCAACUCUUUUCUUCCGGUGCUUGUCGCGAACGACCAUUCACUCCAGGACAGUAAGGCCAACGAAGGCGCCGAACUUUCUAGUUUCGACCGCGAAGAGAACUCGGAUUGGAACGCGUGGGGUGACAAUGAUAGCUUGGAUGACCUAGAUCCUUUAAACGCCCAAGCGCAAGGCUCGCCGGAAGAUGGCGCGCACAAGGCCCCAUCCUCAUCCUCGCCAGAGCUACAAUUGUCUACCAAGAUCUCAUCCAAAGGAGUUGGUCUCGGAUAUUGUGCGGCGGUAUUCGUGCAAAUAAUCAGUAUCGUGAUGCUCAUCACACUAUCCAAGACCUCGCUUGCCAAGGUAUCGGCAACACUUCCAAUGCGCUUCGUUUUGCUGCUAGUCGGCAUUUGGUGGGCCGCAUUCACCUUUGUGUCUCGUCAUUUGCUACGCGCUCGCCCAGGGCCACCCUUGGAUGUCUCUACAUCUGGGGGCAAAUGGCGGGCAUGGAUGGGACUGGUCGGAUUCGCGUGGAAGUCCCUGUGGCAAACGGUCAAAGUAGCUGUCAAGCUGCGUGAAGUACUUCUGUUCCUGGUAGCGUGGUUUUUGAUCUCGGACGCGCUGGCCACCGUCUCUGGAACAGCGAUCCUGUUUGCGCGCACCGAACUGCACUUGAGCACGCCAUUAGUCGGACUCUUGUCCAUCACCGCCACCCUGUCGGGGAUGGCGGGCGCAUUUCUGUGGCCCCACGUGUCGCGAUACUUUGGACUGCAAUCGAAUCACACGAUCAUCCUGUGCAUUGCGCUAUUCGAAUUGAUUCCUUUGUACGGCUUGCUUGCUUACAUUCCCUUCGUUCAGAGAUGGGGCGUGAUUGGGUUACAACAGCCGUGGGAGAUUUUUCCCCUCGCGGUUGUACACGGAGUUGUUGGGGGCGGGCUGGCCUCUUACUGUCGGUCUUUCUUUGGACUCCUCAUUCCUCCCGGGAACGAGGCUGCAUUUUACGCCCUGUAUGCCGCGACCGACAAAGGGAGCUCCUUUAUUGGACCGGCGAUUGUGGGUGUAUUGGUGGAUGCGACCGGUCAAGUCCGCAGCGGCUUUUUUGUCAUUGCCAUUCUGAUUCUUAUGCCAAUUCCACUAGUGUGGAUGGUAAAUGCAGACAAAGGCCGCAAUGAAGGUUUGGCUAUGGCUGAGACCUUGAAGUCACAUGGGCAGGAAGAGGAGGCAGAAGGUCUGCUAAGGAAUGAAACGAACUAA